AUGGACAAGAUUCGCGAGGUCACUCAGGCUCGCGUCAUCGAGCGCGGCGACAACCACCAGACAAUCCACGCCGCGACCGAUCAAGCCAAGUUCAUGCACGUGAUGGAGGGAUUCCUGGAUCGCUUCGAGCCGUGCAACGCCUUCUCCCCGCCCGACGACGGCUUCGACCACGUCAUCGACCUGAACCCUCUGGUUGACAGCCGGCAGAAUCUCGAGGUGGUCGUCAAGCAGCUUCACCAGUGGUACCCCAGCCUCGUCAAGGACAUGCCGAGCGCGGAACGGUUGGACGAGGCCAUUGUCGCCGCCAUGGGGUAUAAACCUGACAUCAAGCACACCAUCCCCGACCGCGGCGGGAAGAGCAAGCCAUUUGGGCGCGGCGGGCAGGCGCAGCAGCAGCAGCAGGACCGGCAGGAAAAGAAGCCGCUCGAGUACAUGGCCGUACACCUCCCCACGCGGGAGGUCAACGACAUCCUGGAGAAGGCAUUUGUCGGCCAGCCUCCCGAGGCGGCCAAGUUUUACAGGCAGCUGAAGCAGACUCGCCGGGUCCAGGCCAAGUUUCACGUCACCCUGAUUCACCGCGCGUCCGCGAAGCAGCACCCGGAGCUGUGGAAGAAGUACAAUGAUUUAUACGAGGAGGCCGAGAAGGCUGGAAGUGGCCAAAACAAGCUGGGCGAGUGCGAUGUUAUGCUCGAGAGGAUUGUCUUUGACGACCGCGUCAUGACCUUUGUGGCCCGCCUGAUCAAUGACGAGUGGAAGACGUCCAACACGGUCGCCCAUGUGACGAUUGGCACCCGAGACUCUUCCGUGAAGCCCAAGGAGAGCAAUGAUUUGUUGGCCAAGUGGCUCGAGGACGGCGCCGGCGACGGCAAGAUUCACGACGUGGUGCUCGAGGACAAGCCUACGCUCAAGGGGUUCGUAGGGGGCGUAGCCAACUUUCACAAGCGAUAG